AUGUUCACUUUGAUUUUCCUCUUCUUUUUCCUGAACAUUCCACUUCUUGUAUCUAGAUUCACUCAUUCCAGGUGCUUUUGGAGAAUGAAGCAGAAUAAAGACAAGGAUGGAGAUUUGGUGGCAGGUUGUAUCUUCUUCCUUAUAGGAGUAGAGUGGCCUGUGAAGAAAGAUUAUUUCAACCACAUUCUGAAUAUAGAAACAACAGCUGAACACAACCAGUUUGCAUUGGCCUUAGCUUUUUCCAUGGAUGAAGUCAAUAGGAACCCUGGUCUUUUAUCAAACACAUCAUUAGUAUUUGAUUUUCAAGAAGGUGGUUGUAAGCCUGUGUCACACUUAAACAGUCUCAUGCAUCUUUAUAAAGAAAAUCCUUAUAUUCUUCCGAAUUAUUCCUGUCAAAAAGAGCCUAUGUGUAUAAUAGUGCUUUCAGGACCAGACUGGGCAACAUCUGCGAUGUUAGGCACAGUCCUAAACUUCUACGAAUCUCUACAGGUCCUUCACCUUACCUAUGGGCCUUUCCAUCCCAUCCUGAGCAAUCAUGAACAAUUUCCCUCUCUGUAUCAGAUGGCCCCUAAAGACACAUCUCUAGCCAUUGCCAUGGUGUCAUUGAUGCUUCAAUUCAACUGGAACUGGAUUGGACUGGCCAUCUCAGACAAUGAUCAGGGUAUUCAAUUUCUCUCACACUUGAGGAGAGAGAUGGAAAAAAAUACAGUUUGCUUUGCCUUUGUGAAUAUGAUUCCAGUCGAAAUGCAUUUAUUCCAGUCAAGAGCUGAAGUUUAUUAUAACCAAAUCAUGACAUCAUCCACAAAUGUGGUUGUCAUUUAUGGUGACACAGACAGUACUCUAGCUGUGAGCUUUAGAAGGUGGCAAUCUUUAGGUAUACAAAGAAUAUGGGUCACCACCUCACAGUGGGAUGUCAUCACAAGUAAGAGAGACUUUCAACUUAAUUCAUCCCAUGGUACACUAGCUUUUGCACACCACCAUGCUGAGAUUUCUAGCUUUAAAAUUUUUGUCCAGACAUUGAACCCUCUCAAAUACACAGAUGAAUACCUGGCAAGUCUGGAGUGGAUGAACUUGAACUGCAAACUCUCAGAUUCUAAGUGUAAGACCUUGAGGAAUUGUUUAUCCAAUGCCUCACUGCAAUGGCUAAAGGUACAGACUUUAGACAUGGCCUUUAGUGAUGACAGUUAUGACAUAUAUAAUGCAGUGUAUGCUGUGGCCCAUGCUCUCCAUGAGAUGUUUCUUCAACAAGCGGAUAAUUGGAAAGGAUAUUAUGCUCAUUGUUUGAAGCUGCAUUCCUUUCUGAAGAAAACAAGCUUCAUUAAUCCAGUUGGGGACAGAGUGAAUAUGAACCAGAAAGAAAACCUUCAGGAAGAGUAUGACAUUUUUCAGAUUUGGAAUUUUCCAUAUGGUCUUGGACUUAAGAUAAAGAUAGGAGAGUUUAGCACAUAUUUUCCACACGGUAAACAGCUGCAUUUAUAUGAAGACAUGAUAGAACAGUCAACAGGAAGUAGACAGAUGCCACACUCUGUGUGCAGUGCUGAUUGUGGUCCUGGAUUCAGAAAAAUCUGGCAGCAGGGAAUGGCAGCCUGCUGUUUUGAUUGCAGCCCCUGCCCACAAAAUGAAGUUUCUAAUGAAACAAAUGUGGAUAAAUGUGUGAGGUGUCCAGAGGACCAGUAUGCCAACAGAGAGCAGAACCGGUGCAUUCCAAAAGCUGUGGUCUUUCUGGACUACAAAGAACCCUGGGGGAUGGCUCUUGCCUUAAUGGCCUUGUGCUUCUCUGCAUUCACAGCUGUGGUUCUGGGAGUCUUUCUGAAGCAUCAUGACACGCCCAUUGUGAAGGCCAACAACCAGAAUCUCAGCUACAUCCUGCUUAUCUCACUCAUCUUUUGUUUCCUGUGCACUUUGCUCUUCAUUGGGCAUCCCAAUUCAGCUACCUGUGUCAUGCAGCAAAUCAUAUUUGGAGUUUUAUUCACUGUGGCUGUUUCCACUGUAUUGGCCAAAACAGUGACUGUGCUGCUGGCUUUCAAACUCACAGUCCCUGGAAGAAGGAUGGGCUUCUUCCUACUUUCACGGGCACCCAAGUACAUCAUUACUAUUUGUCUUUUCAUCCAAAUUAUUCUAUGUGCAAUCUGGUUGCGAUUUUCUCCACCCUUUGUUGACACCGAUCCACACUCUGAGCAUGGCCAAAUCAUCAUUGUGUGCAGCAAGGGCUCAGAGACUGCAUUCUACUGUGUCCUGGGAUACCAUGGCUUCCUUGCCUUAGUGAGCUUCAUUGUGGCUUUUUUGGCCAGAAAUCUUCCUGACACAUUCAAUGAAGCUAAGAUGCUGACCUUUAGCAUGUUUCUGUUCUGCAGUGUCUGGGUCACUUUUCUCCCUGUCUACCACAGCACCAAGGGGAAGGUGAUGGUAAUUUUGGAGGUCUUUUCCAUCUUAGCUUCCAGUGCAGGUGUACUGGGAUGCAUCUUUAUCCCCAAGUGCUAUAUAAUUUUGCUAAAGCCAGAAAGAAAUUUUCUUCGGAAGUUCAGGGAGACAACAUCUUCUUGA